AUGGACGCUCCAGAGUCUAGCCUGGCGUCAAGAGUGGAUGGCAUCGAAAAAAUAGUCGUCUCACUACGGCGCUUGGUCUUUGGUCAAAUAUCGAGAGCCAGGGAAUCGACUGACCCAUCUACCGGGCCAUCUUCCGGUCGAUCUCCCGGCCAAUCUACCGGCCGAUCUACCCACCACCAAUCUACACACCACCAAUCUACACACCACCAAUCUACCCACCAAUCAACUCUCGAUCCCGAAACACCAAUAUGGACCCAGAUCAUACACGCCUUGGAUCAGGUCACUCUCGAGGUGCAGAGCAUCCAGUCCGAGCUUCGUUCAACUCCAACCCCACGGCUUCGUGAUAAUCCUGUCGAGCAUGUCGAAAGCCGUACGUCGCGGGUGCAUACGCCUGAGGGUAGCGACGAAAGUCGUACCUCGCUUUCGGCCGGAUCUGAGCAAAGCAAUGGGGACGAAGACGAUCUGAGUAUGUCACCUGCAACCACACCCGAGGAAGACGACGAAAGUGCGUCGCUCUUGAGCACGCCGAAGGAUACGCCAGAAGGAAGCUCUGUGGAGGAAGACCAUGAAGAGGAGGCCCACGACAUGUCGACUGUAUCUGAGGACAAAGACUCAGAAUCAGCAGACCCCAAAGAGGCAGACCCAGAAGAGGAAGGAGAGGAGGAGGACGGAGUAGGGCACGAAGAGCCUCAAGCACCACAGAAGGGAGAGACCGAAGACGGCAUCAAUCCACCCCCUUCACCAGAAGUCGAACCUGCAGGCACGGCACAUUCCUCAGCAUUCAGUCUAACUUCAGACGAUACAGGGGAGAGGCUUGUUCCCGCCCUCGCAAAAAUCGUCCGACAUCCCAACUUCUCCAACAAGAUUUCAGUAACUACGACCCCUUUUGAUUUGGCUCGUCUGGAGCGGGCCAUGAGGGAAAACGACCUUGAUUGCACGAGCCAAGACUAUGUCGCUGGCCCAGAUGGAAGCGGCUACUCGAAUCUCUACAUCUCAGCGGACAAAUCUGAGUUCAAAUGGCCAGAUUUCUCCCAAGCCAUCGAAAAGCCGACGGACGACGAAGUGGAGGAGUUCCUUGAGGGCGUUGUCGGCCAUCCGCAGAAGGACCGUGUCCAUUACUGUUGUGGGGUGGCGUCUGUUCCUUUCGACAACCCCCUCCAUCCCGGAGAAGUUCUCGCACGAUUUGAGGACCUCACCAUCGCGAAUGAACAGUAUUACCACGCUGGCUGGAGUCGCUCGGCUACUCCUUUCCAUUGCGAAGACGCCGGAUUCUGGUCUUGCAAUCGAACUGAGGUGGGGUGGAAGGUCUGGAUCAUGAUCCCAAAGCAUCAUACCGCCAAAUUCGAGAAGUUCAUCAGGCGGAAUUGGACCUGUGGCCAGUGCGACCAAUUUGUGCGCCACUGCAACAUAUUGAUUGCUCCAUCGAGGCUUCGUGAGGAGGGGAUCGACUUUGACAUCCAUUGCUCUGGACCUGGCGAUAUGAUCAUUACCAAGCCACGCCAAUAUCACGCUGUCGUCAAUUUCUCGAGCUGUUUUGCUCGCUCAAUCAAUUUCCUACUCCCCGGGGAGGAGCCCUUGCCCGAAAAGCUCCUUGUGUGCAAGGAUUGCGGCCUGUAUCCCCUGCAUCCCAAACACUCCCCCGUCCAAGUUGUGGGUGCAGUGGAACGAUUGCCACGACAUACAAACAAGAGAAAAGCAACUGAUUCCCAGAGGAACACCCGCACCAGCUCUGCACUCACCACGGAGAUCAAUGAGACCGUGGAACUCAUCAAAGGCAUAGAUCCCAUGUGUUCUAUUCCGCCAUACGAUGCUUCUGAUCUCCCGAAGCCCAAAAUCUUGAAACUGGCGGCAGCGAUCCGGAGCUUGCCAGUGGUGCUCCAGUUCACUUCAUUUGUCAAGGCGUAGAGGGCUCGACACAUUGACCAGACUUUCUCUAAGGGCAUUGUACGACUUGAGGCCCUCAAACAAGAAGCAAAGUGCUUAUUUGAUGCUGAGGCAAAGUCAGAACUUCACAGUUUACGUGUGCGGCUUUGCUAGUACGCUCUGGCGCGAGAAGUUGAUGCAUCCAAAACAUGGCAGCGAAGGGUGUCGUCAGAUCUUAUCGACAAGAUCGCCGGGAAGUGCAAGCAGCGGAGGGAAAAG